UCUUCCUUACCUGAAGUAUUUUAGAAAUGUCUGAAAUGAUAAGUUAAUCACUGAAGAAAGAUUAGAUAAUGGCUUCUUUAUUGGUUUGUAGUGCCAGGCAUUGAUCUAAUGUUUGUAUUAUUUAUAUUGAAUAGUGAGUUUUGUUGUAAUAGAUAAAAAUAAGUAAAAUAAUUUUGAACUAUUACGUUGAAUUUGCUAUUAAGUAAUUUUAUAAUUCCAACUUUUGUGCGUUGUUUUUUAACUGGGCAUUCUUACUUGAGAUAUUAUCUUAUGGAUUUAUUAGAAUUAAGACAAUCAAUUCACUAUCAUUAUCAGUGAUGAUGCAAUGGGUUCAUAUUGUGUUGAUUGUACUACUAAACAUCUUCCUGGAUUCUGAUGCCUUUGAUAUCCCUACAGGAACAAGCACAAAGUCAGAGAGAGAUAGAGAUACGUCUCCACCUAAUAUGUUUAUUCCCGCAGCCAGUCCUACCAAUCUGUCAGCAACAAUUUCUGCAUUCAAUGUCACCAGUAAACUGCUGCAGCUCAAUGUUAGUUGGAUUCCCAGUAAAGAUGGUGUACCAGCUAGCAGUUACAAUCUACACGUGAUACCAUUGAAUGAAUCUGAUCCCCACUGUGCCAAUGAGCCUUAUUAUGUAUUCAUUGAGGAUGCUAACCGUACUCACUGGAUGGUCUCACCUAAGCCUCUGGUUAUGGGAGUGCACGAGUCCAACUCUCGCCUAAUAGCUCCAGACUGCAAUUAUAGAAUUAGGCUGGAAGCUAAUCCCCAUGAUGGCAAAACUUACACAGAGUUAGACAUCAAAAUACCUGAUUGUGUAGAACAAAUUUGUAGCUGUCGCCAUGCAUCAGAGCUUCCCAGUCCAAAGUUGCAAGUUAAACAAGUUGACAGCCAAGUAUUGAACAUCACAUGGCUUCUUGCAGAGCAUCAUAAUAUAUCUUCAUUUAUUCUCAGGGCAGGUCCCGAAGUGAUCAGUGGCACUCUCUCUGCGAUGUACAACCUCAGCUGGUUCCGCAGUGUGCCUGUCUCAGCCGCAGACAUGUACCAUGAGACUUACACAGCCAGUGGUGCCAACAGAUACGCAGCCCUCGUGCGAGUAGUGGACCUACAGCAUUGUCUAGGACCAGAGACACAGCUUACUUUUUCUGUUGGAGACAAUAUGGAGAAUAGUCAAGCUGUGUUUACAAAAAGGGAGAUACUCUGGAUAGUCUUGCUGCCUGUUGGAUUAUUUCUGUUACUCUUCUGUCUGAUUGCAUUACUAUUUGGUCAGAAAUAUUUCCAUUUAUUUGAGCUUAAGCAAGACAACACUCAUUUUGCCAGUUGUGGUUUCUUUUACAAAGCAGUCAACAUAAAGAGUGAGAGAGUAUUUAGAAGAAAUACUCGUAAUUCCAUUCGUGAAUGGAAUGUUCUUUAUGUUGAAAAGGAAAUUGAGGAUGCAAAGGAGCGAGGAGAGGCAGAUGGUUUUGAGAUCAGUUACAACCGCCUUACCUUCCAACGAGAAAUUGGCCGAGGAGCUUUCGGACAAGUGUUUCUUGCUAAAGCUGAAGCUAUCAGAGGUGUCCCUGGUUCUCGUCUGGUUGCAGUGAAAAAACUUAAAGGAACUGCUGGGGCAGAAGAAAAGGAGGAGUUCCUGGAAGAGAUAUCAAUGCUGAAGAAGGUAGGUCAGCACCCCAACAUCGUAUCUCUCCUGGCUUGCUGUACACUCAACUCUGACCUCUGUAUGGUCAUGGAGUUCGUCCCCUGUGGUGAUCUUCUCAAGUAUCUCCGCAACUUGAGGCAGAAGCUGGAUGCUAGAAAGCCGUCUAUUACCUCGAUGUCUGAUGGAAUGUAUUCAACACCUAGCACAGUGAUGACAAGUUUAAAUUCACACUUGUAUUCAAACCCUCAUCCAGUAGAAUGUCCUGAUCUGGACUAUAUCCUGGACCACAGAGAGUUGCACAAUUUCGCUCUGCAGAUUGCCAGGGGCAUGGCUCAUCUAGAAGCCAAAAGGAUCACCCACAGGGAUCUGGCAGCACGAAACAUUCUGAUUGACAACAAUAAGGUCCUGAAAAUUUCCGACUUUGGUCUAUCAAGGAGAGGUGUGUAUGUAAACACUCGUAGAAGAAAAGUGCCACUACGCUGGUUGUCGAUUGAAGCUAUGAGAGAUUCACUGUACUCAAGUAAAUCCGAUGUAUGGGCAUUCGCUAUCUUACUUUGGGAAAUUGGAACCCUUGGUGGUUUCCCCUACCCGACAGUGGCUGAUUAUGACUUGCUUCAUUAUUUAAGAAAUGGCUCUCGACUUGAAAAACCAGACAUAGUUUCACAAAACUUAUAUUCCGUGAUGCUUGUGUGCUGGUCAGAGUUAGCGGAUGACAGACCUUCGUUUGCUGAGCUCGUCUCUUAUCUAGAGCCCAAUCCCAACAAUCAUGUUUAUGUAGACUUUUCUUCCAACCCUCGCCUGCCACCUACUUGUGCAUAUGUUAACAUAGAAAAUACAUCUAGUUCAUCUUGUAAAUAAAAUAAAAUAAUUAUGAUAAAAUGUU